UCUCUGUGAGAAGUGCUGUUCUGUCUGUAGUGCUGUUCUGUCAGCAGCGGACUCGGCUUUACGGAGAACAGAAUGUCGACGAGCCGCUCAGCAAACGAUAACCACAAUGCAGCAGGAACCAAACGGCCUCGAGCAGAGACCGGUAAUAAAGUAACGGUGGUGCUGGGAGCUCAGUGGGGGGACGAGGGCAAGGGGAAAGUGGUGGACCUGCUGGCUACUGAGUCCGACAUCGUCUGCAGGUGUCAGGGAGGGAACAAUGCUGGUCACACAGUAGUGGUCGAAGGGACGGAGUAUGACUUUCAUCUUCUUCCUAGCGGCAUCAUCAACACCAGAUGCGUAUCACUGAUUGGUAAUGGAGUAGUCAUUCAUCUUCCUGGCCUUUUUGAAGAAAUUGACAAAAAUGAGAAAAAAGGCCUGAAGGGAUGGGAGAAGAGGCUUGUCAUCUCUGAUAGAGCUCAUAUAGUUUUUGAUUUCCAUCAGGCUGUGGAUGGAAUGCAAGAAAUACAAAGACAAGCCAUGGAAGGAAAAAACAUAGGAACCACUAAGAAAGGCAUUGGACCCACGUACGCAUGCAAGGCAUCUCGGACUGGACUACGCAUUUGCGAUCUGCUAGCAGAUUUUAAAGAGUUUUCCACCAAAUUCAAACACCUGGCACAGCAGUACCAAGGCAUGUACCCGGCUCUUAAAGUGGAUAUUGAUGGCGAACUGAAAAAACUAAAGGAAUAUGCAGAAAGAAUAAGGCCCAUGGUGAAAGACGGCGUCUAUUUCAUGUAUGAUGCAAUUCACGGUCACCCCAAAAAAAUCCUUGUGGAAGGAGCAAAUGCUGCCCUCCUAGACAUUGACUUUGGAACCUAUCCAUUCGUAACAUCAUCCAACUGCACCGUUGGUGGUGUGUGUACCGGCCUCGGCAUCCCGCCAGCAAACAUUGGAGAUGUGUAUGGGGUAUCAAAAGCCUAUACUACUAGAGUGGGCAUCGGGGCCUUCCCAACAGAACAACUCAACGCUGUAGGGGAGCUGUUACAGACACGAGGUCAUGAGGUUGGUGUAACCACAGGCAGGAAGAGACGCUGCGGCUGGCUGGACCUGGUCAUCCUUAGAUAUGCACACAUGAUCAAUGGAUUCACUGCCAUUGCUUUGACUAAACUGGACAUUCUUGAUGUUCUUGAUGAGAUUAAAGUGGGUGUCGCUUACAAACUGAAUGGCAAACGAAUUCCUCAUUUCCCAGCAAACAUGGAAGUUUUGCACAAGAUGGAAGUGGAGUAUGAAACAUUGCCUGGCUGGAAGACAGACACCUCAGCAGCCAGAAAGUGGAACGAUCUGCCUCCCAAAGCCCAGAACUACAUCCGCUUUGUGGAGAACCACAUUGGUGUGCCUAUUAAGUGGGUGGGUGUUGGCAAGUCCAGAGAAUGCAUGAUCCAGAUGUUCUAAAGUGACUUCAGGCAUCCUGUCAACAACAUAUGAUGCUCUCAGGAAAUUACAUGUGAAUCUUACAAGUGUCACAUCAACUGCACUAACAGUUUAAUAAUAAAUCAACAUGUUUUAAACACUUAA